AUGAUACGCGCGCAGGAAGGCGUGCUGGACGUGGCGGCCAUCCGCCAGAUCAACUGGGACGUGCAUCUCGGUGACCUGGUGACGGCACACGGCGUGCUGCAGCGCAAACGCCAUGAACCAGGGCACCCGGACGGCUGGUUGUUUGUGCUGCAUACGAUUCGUGUGGACGAGCUCUGGAGUCUGCACCACGAAGGCACAGUCUUCAGCUACACGGAUUCGGGCGCAGCAUCAUCCACUGAAGCAGCAGCGUCGGCUGCCGUGAAGGGCUCGUGGGUGUUGCCACCGUCGUCGAAGGCGGGCGCGACGAACAAGUACACCAACAUGGUCGUACUGGACGGCUUCAACGCGUGCAAGUACUAUUUCUCGUCGUCUGGUGGCGCCAAUUGCCUGCGCGGAGAGCAGUGCCACUUCUGGCACGGACGGCCAGAAGACUUCAAAGAGAACCGACGUCGCUGGAUGGCGAAGCGGCUCGAGCAGCGCGCAAAAGCUGCGCAUCUCGCUGGUGACAGCGGUGACCCUCACUCCAAAAUCGACAAGGCGCAACGCAGCCGCAUCUUCUGCGACUGGCUUGUGGAAUCGUUAGGUGAGGAGCGCCUUGCUCGUGGAACGGGGGUGAUCGAUGUUGCUGGUGGCAAAGGCGACAUUCCUAUCCAGCUCUGGAUUCAGAGAGGCAUCCCGACAACACUGAUCGACCCGAGGCCAAUGAAGCUUGGAAAAUACAACCGGAAGCUUGUUGCGAAAGCAGAAGCCGUCAAAGGUCGCAAAAUGAGCCCUCAGCUUCUCCGCUGUCUGGAUGCUGAAACACUCAAGCUACACACUGAGCUGUUCGCAGACUGUUCUGUGCUUGUUGGCAUGCACCCUGACGAAGCCACCGAGGCCAUCGUCGACGCAGCUUUGACGUUGGGCAAACCGUUCGCCAUUGUGCCUUGCUGCGUCAUGAGCCGAGUGUUUCCGGAUCGGAAAUGCCGUGACGGCACCCCUGUCGACACAUACGAGACCUUCGUGCGGUAUCUACUGGAAAAGCACCCGUCAGUUCAACGUGCGUUCCUCCCGUUUGCAGGCCGGAACAAGGUACUUUACCUAUUCGACUACGACACAAAACGAGAGGAACAAGAUGCGAACGGAAAGAGCGUUGAAAUAGCCAGCACUUAG